AUGAGAAAACUGAGUCUGAAAAUGAGUGGCCUCGUGGUGGCUGCUCUACUGAAGGAUAUCUCUCAGCCACAGCGCAAAAUCCCCAUCCUUGUUCAGUCUAACGGCUGGAGACUGCAGCGUUCCAGCGACUACGCCGACGCAGAACUUCAUGCCAAACCCUGGAGAAGCCCGUGCCAAUUGCCGCCUUCGCCUCUUUUGGCUCAGGCCUUUCUGGUGGGUGGAGAGUUCGACCUGGAGAUGAACUUUAUCAUCCAGGACGCGGAAAGCAUCGCCUGCAUGGUGGAGCUGCUGGAGCACUGUGACGUAACCUGCCAGGCGGAGAUCUGGAGCAUGUUCACAGCUAUCCUGCGGAAGAGCGUUCGCAACCUACAGACCAGCACCGAGGUGGGGCUCAUCCAGCAGGUGCUGCAGAAGAUGAGCGCCGUCGACGACAUGAUUGCAGAUCUCUUAGUGGACAUGCUGGGGGUCCUGGCCAGCUAUAGUAUCACAGUCAAGGAACUGAAGCUGUUGUUCAGCAUGCUGAGGGGCGACGGAGGCAUGUGGCCAAGACACGCCAUUAAGCUCCUGUCUGUGCUGAAUCAGAUGCCUCAGCGGCACGGCCCUGACACCUUCUUCAACUUUCCAGGACGCAGUGCGGCGGCCAUUGCUUUGCCACCCAUUGCUAAGUGGCCUUACCAAAACGGAUUCACUCUCAACACAUGGUUCCGAAUGGACCCACUCAAUAAUAUCAACGUAGACAAGGAUAAACCAUACUUAUACUGUUUCCGAACCAGCAAAGGGAUUGGCUACUCUGCACACUUUGUGGGGAACUGUUUAAUCGUGACAUCACUGAAGUCAAAAGGGAAAGGCUUUCAACACUGUGUGAAAUACGACUUCCAGCCGAGGAAGGUGAGUUUUGACCUGUCCACACACACAAGUAGUACAUUGGAGGGUGGAACAGUGUUAAAGGGGCCAUAUGGACAUUGCUAA